AUGUUUUUUUUAACAUUAUUUUACUUAGCCAAUACAUUAAAUCAAACUAUUUAUAAUUGUUUAGAAAUAGAUAAAUUUUAAACAGAGGGUUAAUAAAUUAGUCAUUUUGAUUAUUAUGAUUUAUUCUAUUUUAAUGUAAAAUGUCCAUUAGUGUGGAAAAUAUCUUUGGAUAAAAAUGCUUAAACCUCAGAUGAUUUGGAAACUUUUAAAGUUUUCAAUUUGAAGAUGGUCGUCAUGAAUCCAUCGCCAUAGAUGCCUUCAGAUCAAAUUCUGUAGGUAUGUAAAAUCAUGUUAAAAAAUAUGGAUGAAUAGAAAAUUCAAAAGCAAAAUUCAGGAAUGGAAAGAAGUUUACGUUAGAGAUAGGAUCUGAUAUAUUGUGAGAAGGAAUUAGAAUAAAAAGCUUAAAAACUUCAGUUACUACAGCAACGACUCCUUUAAUUGAUUCUUCUAAAAAUUUAGCUGAUUAACAGUAAAUUAUGUAAGAAUCAGUUUAUUUUACAUAAAUACCCUUAUAAUAAAUAAUGCAAGAAUCUGUAUAUUUUAUACCUCCCAAAUAAUAAAUGUGAGAAUCAGUUUAUUUUCCUUAAUAAGAUAAGUAAGAGUAAAAGUUGUGAGGAUCUGUUUAUAUUUCUAAUCAAAUGUAAGGUUCAGUGGUUUUUAAUGAACAUUAAAACUAAUAAAUGCAAGAACCAGUAAUGUAAUAGGAUCCAAAAAAUAAAAUUUUUGGUCAAUCAGAAAUGGUAGGAUAAUCAGUAAUGA